GGAGGCUGGAAAUUCAACAGGACGAAGAAAGAGCAAGCUGAGGUCAAAACAGCAUCUACUUCUCCUUGACUGAAAAUCAGAAACUUAAUCUGGAAACUCAAAGGCAAAUUUUAGUUGAGGUUUAAUAAUUUAAUAAUUCAACUUUAUUGUUCAUCUUUCUACAUUUGAAGAAUUUUGUGCUGAAUCCUGCUUGGUUUUCGCAGGCCAAACAGCUCCUCUCAGCGUCCAACGUUAUCAGCUGACCAUUCAUGAACUCCUGUAGAGCAGGAGGCCAUAAUGACGAAUCUUCAAGAGAAGCUCUUUAAUACUCUGGAAGAAUUAAAAAAAAAAGAUUUUAAAAACUUCAAGUGGUUCCUGAAGCAGGAUGGCAUCCUGAAGGGCUUUAAAGGCAUCCCAGUGGCUCAGCUGGAGAAUGCAGAAAGGCAGGACACAGUGGAUCUAAUGGUACAGAAAUAUCCAGGUCGUGGAGCUCUGCAGGUAACCAUGAAGAUUUUAGAAAAGAUCGGCAGGAAUGAUCUGGUGCAAAGUUUACAAAACUUCCACUCAGGACCAAAAGACCUCACAGUGGAUCCAAUGGGACAGAAAUAUCAGGAUCCUGGAGCUCUGCAGGUAACCAUGAAGGUUUUAGAAAUGAUCAGCAGGAAUGAUCUGGUGCAGCGUUCACAAAACUUCCACUCAGGAUCAAAAGAUGUCAGGCCACGUUAUUUUGGUGCUCAGAAAGAAGAAGAUACCAGAAAGAAGCCAAAGCUAAAGUGGGUCCAGCAGUUUGCAGUAGAGGUGACUCUGGAUCACAACACAGCUCAUCCUAAUCUUAUCCUGUCUAAUGAUGGGAAACAAGUACAUCACGGAGAUGUGAGGAAGAAACUACCAAGCAACCCUGAGAGGUUUUACAAAUGUGUUAAUGUCUUAGGGCAGCAAAGUAUCUCCAAUGGUAGAUUUUACUAUGAGGUUCAGGUUAAAGGGAAAACUGCCUGGUAUUUAGGAGUGGCCAAAGAGUCAAUCAAGAGGAAAGGAAGUAUUACAACAAGACCCGAGAAUGGCUACUGGACUAUAAUGUUAAGAAAUGAGGGUGAAUACGAAGCAAAUGAUGAUGAUCCAGAAGGUCUCUCUGUGAAUCAGCCUCCUCAGAAGGUGGGAGUGUUUGUGGAUUAUGAGGAGGGUCUGGUAUGUUUUUAUGAUGUAGAUGCUGCAGCUCUUCUCUACAGCUUUACUGGCUGCUCCUUCACUGAGAAACUCUACCCUUUCUUUAGCCCCUGUACUAAUAAGGGUGGUACAAACUCUGCACCUCUGAUUAUCUCUCCUGUUAAUCAUACACUAAACCACAAGACACAUGAAUCUGGUGAUCAGAAUGAACACUAUGAAAGAAAGAAGGCUGAGCUGGAGAGCAUCCAGCAGUUUGCAGUAGAGGUGACUCUAGAUCCUGAUACAGCACAUCCUGCUCUCAUCCUGUCUGAUGAUAGAAAACAAGUACGUUGUAGUGACGUGUAUAAGGAACUCCAAGACAACCCUAAGAGAUUUAUUAAAUGUGUUAAUAUCUUAGGAGAGCAGCAUUUCUCUUCAGGUAGAUUUUACUUUCAGGUUCAGGUUAAAGGGAAAACUUCCUGGUAUUUGGGAGUGGCCAAAGAGUCAAUCAAGAGGAAAGGAGAUAUUACAACAAGCCCCGAGAAUGGCUAUUGGACUAUAAUGUUGAGGAAUGAAGAUGAGUAUGUUGCUAAUGAUGAUGAUUGGGCCAGUCUCUCUCUGAAUCAGCCUCCUCAGAAGGUGGGGGUGUUUGUAGAUUAUGAGGAGGGUCUUGUUUGCUUUUAUGAUGUAGAUGCUGCAGAUCUUCUCUACGCCUUUACUGACUGUUCCUUCACUGAGAAACUCUACCCAUUCUUCAGUCCCUGUACUAGAGACGGUGGUACAAACUCUGCACCUCUGAUUAUCUCUCCUGCCAAUCACCCACUGAACCUCAAGACAUUUGAUGUUGGGGAACAGAAAGAACAAUAUGAAAGAAAGAAGGCUGAACUGGAGAGUGUCCAGCAGUUUGCAGUAGAGGUGACUCUUGAUUCUGAUACAGCACAUCCCAAUCUUAUCCUGUCUGACGAUGGGAAACAAGUACAUCAUGGAGAUGUGAGGAAGAAAUUACAAGACAACCCUGAGAGGUUUAACAGUCGUGUUAAUGUAUUAGGAAAGCAGAGUUUUUCCUCAGGAAAAUUUUACUUUGAGGUUCAGGUCAAAGGGAAGACUGCCUGGACUUUAGGAGUGGCCAAAGAGUCGAUCGGCAGGAAGGGACAAAUCACACUGUGCCCUGACAACGGCUACUGGACUUUAUGGUUGAGGAAUGGAGAUGAGUAUGAGGCUAUUGAUAACCAAUCAGUCUGUCUCUCUCUGAAGAGACACCCUCAGAAGGUGGGGGUGUUUGUGAAUUAUGAGGAGGGUCUUGUUUGUUUUUAUGACGUAGAUGCUGCGGAUCUUCUCUAUGCCUUUACUGACUGUUCCUUCACUGAGAAGCUUGUUCCAUACUUAAGUCCCUGUACUAAUGACGAUGGUAGAAACUCCACCCCCUUGGUCAUCUCUCCUGUCAAUCACACAGAUUAGAUUAAUCAUACCUUUUCUUAUCAAAAGAUGCUAUAAACAUUCAUGCAGACUGUUGAACUGAAAGGGGGUCUGUGGAGUAUAAUAAACAAUUUUGAUAACAAAGACUGAAUUUAAAUAUAAGUGUCUUUCUGUGCAAGAAAAGUACUUUGACAUGUGCAACAGGAGAUUGAAGGAGAUGUCAAACAUGCAGUUUGUUCACACCAAUAUAGCCCUAAGAAGAGUUAAACCAGGCAACAGUGAAGGAGAAAACACCUCUUGUAAUGCACCAUGGGUGUGUAAGUCCUUUAAAACAGGAUUUGUGGUGAUGAAUACUAUUUACUGUAUUUGAAAUUUUGAUUCAUUUUGUUAUUUCUUCAUUUUUUUUCCAUUCCUGAUGUAUUUUAUGACUACUAUUAUGAUUGCAACACAGUACUUUGUCAACUCUGACUCAUUAACAGAACAAACAAUGAAUCAAGACAAAACUGGAAGCUGCAACACUCAAACUUAUUGAAGAUUAUUUUUAGCCUGUAAUUUUUCUUUGUCUUAUCUUUUAUACUUUUCUAGCGUGGCCUUCAAAUGCUAUUACAUGAAAAAGUUUAUUGAUUGAUGGGUUGAUUAAUUGUUGAUAAAUUGUUGUUGUUAAUUGUUUUUUACAUCAGUAAUGUUAAAAACAACACAGGUUACAUUUUUGUUUUACAAGUUUGAACUUUUCCUUAUGUGGCUUAUUUUUUCUAUUGCAAUCUCAUAUUAUAAAAUCAUGUAAUGUAAUCAAAUUUAGAAACAGUUGUGUACAAGCAUCAAUACAUUGAAAAUGUAUUAUUGUUCUCACAAAUGGGAUGCGAAAAUCCUGAAAAAUCUUGGUGACGUAAAGUGUGUUAUCAUUUUUUUUAUUUUGGUA